AGGGGGGGGGGGGGGGGUGGGCAAGAAAAGGGACACCGAGGCAUGCCACAGACAGUUGAUUCCUCCUUCAUAUGGAGCCAGAGCAGACCCUUGACUACACCUCUGGGAUGAACCACAGACCGCCAGCGGUUCAUCACAACAGCCGACCUGUGGGCUACAACAACAGCCCCAGAGCUCGGAGCCGGGAUAACCUGCUGAUGUACGAUGACUUCGGAGAGGAAAGCUGUUUCACUGGAAGAUGCCUCGGACACAGCAGCUCGGAGAGACAGCCCUUGGCUCCUCUCAGCGCUGUUAAACGACGCCAGGCCCUCCGUGGUCCUGCCUACAUGUUCUCUGCUCCCUCAGUCAGCCUGACAGAGGUUGAGCAACGUUUCCUGGAAGCUGCAGAAUACGGCAACAUACCAGAGGUACGACGCAUGCUGCUCCACGUGCCCAACUUAAAUGUCAACGCAGUGGACUACAUGGGCCAGAAUGCAUUGCAGCUGGCUGUGGCCAACGAACAUCUGGAGGUGACGGAGCUGCUGCUGGGGAGGGCGGAUCUGGCCCGAGUGGGAGACGCCCUCCUGUUAGCUAUCAGUAAAGGUUAUGUUCGUAUCACAGAGGCCUUGUUGUGUCACCCUGCAUUUAGAGAUGCCAAUCGUCUGACAGCGAGCCCUGCUCAAGCAGACAUGUUGGAUGACUUCUACGCUUAUGAUGAGGAUGGAACCAGGUUCUCUCAUGAUGUAACUCCAGUGAUCCUUGCGGCCCACUGCCAGGAGUACGAGAUAGUUCAUACUCUGCUCAGUAAAGGUGCUCGUAUCGAUCCUCCUCAUGAUUACUUCUGCGGGUGUGACUCCUGUAACUACCAGCAGCAGUUUGACUCCUUCAGCCACUCUCGAUCCAGGAUCAAUGCCUACAGAGGACUCGCCAGUCCUGCUUACCUCUGCCUGUCCAACGAGGACCCAGUUCUGGCUGCUUUGGAGCUCAGCAACGAACUGGCGAUGUUGGCAAAUAUUGAGAAAGAAUUUAAGCACGAUUACUGCUGUCUGUCCAGCCAGUGUAAGGACUACGUGGUGGGCCUUCUUGAUCUGUGUCGCAGCACUGAGGAGGUGGAGGCCAUCCUGAGCGGGGAAACUGAUUCUGAGGAAUGCUAUGAUAUACCAGGUCGCCCCUCUUUAACGCGACUUAAGUUAGCCAUCAAAUACGAACUGAAAAAGUUUGUGGCUCAUCCAAACUGCCAGCAGCAGCUGCUCAGUAUCUGGUACGAGAAUCUGCCCGGCCUGAGACAACAAACCACGGCCGUCAAGCUGCUGGUGGUGCUGGCGGUGGCUAUAGGACUGCCUGGACUGUCUCUGGCUUACUGGAUCGCUCCAUGCAGCAGAGUGGGGAAGGUGAUGCGAAGCCCCUUCAUGAAGUUUGUGGCCCAUGCCUCUUCCUUCACCAUUUUUCUGGGUCUUCUUAUCCUGAAUGCUGCAGACCGUUUUGCAGGCACCACGUUGUUACCAAACAUGACCCACCACGUGCACCCAGAAGGACCCCAACUCAACUCUGACCCCCUGCUGCUCUACCGCAUGUCAACCACGCCUUUCACAGGGAUGGAGAUCCUCAUAAUUUCGUGGGUCAUGGGCAUGAUCUGGGCCGAGGUGAAGGAGAUCUGGAGUCAGGGGCCGGGCGAGUACCUGCUCGAGCCGUGGAACUUCCUCGACUUUGGGAUGCUGGCUAUCUUCCUCGCCUCCUUCAGCUGCCGCUUCUCCACCCUGAGACACGCUCAUAUAGCCCAGACCUAUGUGCUCACACACUACACAACACUGAUUAAUGUCACGCUGCCUUCUGAGAUACGCUACUUCACGCUGGCUCGUAUCUACUGGAUGCCGUCAGAUCCUCAGCUGGUGUCCGAGGGCCUGUACGCCAUCGCCGUGGUGCUCAGCUUCUCUCGCAUUGCUUACAUCCUCCCUGCCAACGAAAGCUUCGGCCCGCUGCAGAUCUCUCUGGGGAGAACGGUCAAGGACAUCUUCAAGUUCAUGGUUAUCUUCAUCCUGGUGUUUCUGGCGUUCAUGAUAGGAAUGUUCAACCUGUACUCUUAUUACCUGGGGGCGAAGCAGAAUGACGCCUUCACCACCCUGGAAGAGAGCUUCAAGACGCUGUUCUGGGCUAUAUUUGGACUAUCUGAGGUCAGGUCUGUGGUGAUCAAUAACAGCCACAAAUUCAUUGAGAACAUCGGUUACGUGCUUUAUGGAGUUUAUAACGUUACCAUGGUGAUAGUGCUGCUCAACAUGCUCAUCGCCAUGAUCAACAGCUCGUUUCAGGAGAUUGAGGACGAUGCUGACGUCGAGUGGAAGUUUGCUCGGGCUAAACUUUGGUUUUCUUACUUUGAGGAGGGUAGGACAUUACCUGUGCCCUUUAACCUGGUCCCCAGUCCAAAAUCUAUGCUGGGACUGGCCACGGCCAUCAAAUCCCUGCUCCUGCACUUUGCAAGAGGACAUGCUGAGCAGAAAGCUGAGACACAGCUCAAACAGCUCGGGGAAAGCAAAAACUCAGGAUUUAGUACUUCUACCAGCCCAACCAGAUAUCAGAAAAUCAUGAAGCGAUUAAUAAAGCGUUACAUCAUCAAAGCCCAAGCAGACAAAGAGAGUGACGAGAUCACUGAAGGAGAGUUGAAGGAGAUCAAGCAGGACAUCUCCAGUCUGCGGUAUGAGCUGUUGGAGGAGAAAUCACAGAACCUGGAGACACUGGACGGACUGCUGAAGAGGCUGGGAGAGAUCAGCACACCUGCAGAGUAGCACCACCAGUUUACCUGACGUGUACAUAAAACUGUAUAGUUACAGAUAGUUACAAAUCAUUGAUAUGAAAAUAUAAAAAUGUAUGUAUGUGAAUAAAGGGUUAAGGUUUA